AUGGAAGGCGCGGCCGAUCGCGAACAGGGUCUAGGACGCAGGGAGAGUCUGAAAGCCAAGUUCAAUUUUCGCGGGCACCAAAUGAAGGAAAAGACCAAGGACGUAUUUCGAAGAGGCAGCAACAGUUCGAAGCAGUCACUGCAAUCAUUGCGAUCGUUUCGAGGUGACAGCAUCUUCACAAUCAACAACGAUAUGAGCUUGAUAGAGGAUGGACCGGAAUGGGGUCCAGCCACGAUACCGCGAACACCCAAUCGAGCUUCGACAAUCACUACGGGAUCGACGAGCAAGAUCCGCCGAGAAAAGUAA